CUCUGCUUUCUUUAUCUAUAUUUCCUGCACAGCUCGUUGCAGUCAUCUUUCUUUUUCGCUUUUUCUUUGCGAUUCCAUCAAAGUCCCAAACAUGCAUUUAUUUCGUUUAGAGUACUAAAAAUGCAGUCGUAAGCGAACGUGUUUUCUGACUUGCUGUUUUGCCAUUGCGCCAGUCGAUAAAGUUCGAUUGUUCCGUUUCCCGCCCUCAAACGAUUUCGGAUACCACUGAUCGUUGGUUGCUGUGAAUUGACAAUGCUGCCGAUUUCGUCUAUGUUCAGUUGAUCCAUGUACCGGAAUAAAUCAGUAAAGGGAUUCAAAUCCCCUUUAAUCGCCUUACCGUCGACAAACGUCGAGGAAAUUAAGAAUGUGCAAACAAAUCAGCAGAAAACACCAGAUGAUUCCACCAAGAAGCCUCUUAGAACUACCUCACAGAUCUUGAGUCUGUUUAAGAAAGCAGUUCAAGAAAACGAUGACGAAAACGUCGAAGUGGAAAAUAUUGCAACAAAUAAACAAGAUGCCGGUGACCCAGUUGUUGAGAAAAAAACAUCGACUGUUACUUUGGAGUCAAAAAUUAUCUUCAAUGUGGUAUUUGGCAAGAUAUCUUCAAAAAAACACAAGACAUGGGAUGGUGACGGACUGCUAGAAGUGGUUGGGAAAAAUGCAGUACUUAAGGAUUUAGAUGGUAAUAUUAUUGGGAGAACUACAAUCAAUCCAAGCAAUGCGGUGGAAGGUUCCAGAUUGAUUAUAGCAAGUAAACAAAUUGAAAUAAUAGAUCGAGCAUCUGGAGAGUUAUUUGUGUCAGACAAGCAUACAGAGGAAGCUGUAGAGGAACCAUUGCAGAAAAGAUUUAAACCAUGUCCCACACGUAAAUUUGUGCCUCCAUUAUCAUCCACAAAAGGGUUGAUAUUGAAUUGCAAACCUUUGGUAAUGCCAUAUAUAAAUCCUUCUGCUGUAUGGGCGAGCCACGGAGAUUCACAAAAGGAGCAGGAAGUAUCAGUGGACUCUUGUUUAGCAGCGACACUCAGAGAACACCAACGACAUGGUAUUGUCUUCCUCUAUGAAUGUUUGAUGGGUCUAAAAGUGCCAGAUUAUUUUGGCGCGAUUCUGGCUGACGAAAUGGGUCUUGGCAAAACGUUACAAUGCAUUACUCUAAUUUGGACAAUGUUAAAAAAGGGUCCAUACGGUAAACCGAUUUUGAAGCGCGCAUUGAUAGUAACACCUAGUAGCUUAUGUGAUAAUUGGAAGAAAGAAUUUACAAAGUGGCUAGGCUGUCACAGAAUAUCUCCAUAUGUUGUGGAUGGGAAGAAUAAGCCUAACGACUUCACUAAGCAACCAAGAAACUCGGUGAUGAUUAUUAGCUAUGAGAUGUUUAUUAGAUGUCACACAGAAAUUACUGAGAUUAUCUUCGACUUGAUUGUGUGCGACGAAGGUCAUAGAUUGAAAAAUAGCAAUAUAAAAGCUGCAAAAUUAUUGUGCGAAAUUAACUGUAAAAAGCGGAUUAUCUUAACCGGCACUCCUAUACAAAAUGAUUUGAAGGAAUUUUACGCGCUGGUUGAUUUUGUCAAUCCCAGCAUUCUUGGUACCCCGAACGAGUACAGAAAUUAUUAUGAAGAUCCUAUUGUCGCGUCUCAAUGUCCCCAUGCCUGCGAUGAUGUUCUCAGUCUAGGAAACGAAAGGGCCACAGAAUUACACGAGUGUACCAAACGUUUCAUUUUGAGACGUACGCAAGAAACAAUAAAUAAGUAUCUGCCGCGUAAACAUGAGAUAGUGCUAUUUUGCUCUCUAUCCAGUGAACAAGAAGACCUGUACUCUCUCGUCACCGAUGCUCGGUUCGACAGGAUUUUUACACAGGAUAAAAGCAUUACGCACUUGACUGUCAUCAUGGCACUUAAAAAAAUUUGCAAUCACCCAAAUCUGUUUGUAAACGAUAAGGAAAGUGUGCUAUAUGACGUUCUGUCGAAGACAAUGUGUAUAACAGGAACGAAGCACGAUGAAAAUUUUACAAAGUAUUGCGGGAAAAUCACAGUUGUACAAACGCUGAUGAGAAACUUGAAAAAAACUGACGAGAAAUUAGUAUUAGUUUCCUAUUACACGCAAACGCUCGAUCUUCUCGAAACUGUAUGUAGUAUGGAAGGUUUAAAAUAUUUGAGAUUAGACGGUAGCACUUCAAGCACUACACGAUCGACAGUUAUCGAGAAAUUUAAUACAAGAACCGAUGAUAGCAUCUUUCUGCUAAGUGCGAAGGCGGGUGGAGUUGGUUUAAAUUUACCUGGAGCAUCUAGACUCGUAUUAUUUGAUUCUGAUUGGAAUCCCGCGUCAGAUAUGCAGGCUAUGGCAAGAAUCUGGAGAGAUGGACAGAAGAGAAACGUUUAUAUUUACAGAUUACUAACGACAGGUACGAUAGAAGAAAAAAUUUACCAAAGACAAAUCAGCAAAGCUGGCCUAAGUGAAUCUGUAGUGGAUCUAAACCAUCUUGGAUCUUUAAAAUUAUCAGCUGAGGAACUAAAGGAUUUAUUUACAUUAACAACCGAUACUGUUUCUUUAACGCACGAUUUAAUGGAUUGCUCUUGCUCCGGCAAGAUCAAUGAACAUAUAUCCCCUGAAAAAUUUAAGGCUGGCAAUAACGAGACGCGUGAUUGCCAAUUAGUAUUGCAGGACAAAUUACCCCAACAAAAUUUAACUAUAAAUCAAUUGCUAGAUUGGCAACAUUAUAAGAAACCAAUUCCACCAGAUAUUAUGCAGGACAUUUUGUUAGCUGAAGUAAGCAAACACAUAACUUUCAUAUUUAAAAAUUCCACAAAAUAAAAUUUCCGUAAAAAAUUGUAUACAAAUCACAAUUAUAUAUCACAAUAUAAUAUAUAUCUUUAUAUUUUAUAUAAAAUAUUCGU